AUGGAGACGCUACUGAAGGCGUCGGCGUACAUCCUGGGCGCGGCGGGCAGCAGCAUCGUGUACAUGGCGGUGCUGGACGACGGCGCCGUGCUGGCUGUGCGCAGGAUCGGCAGCGACGACGCAUCGCCCGCGGCAUGGCGAGAGGGCUGGCCUUCCUCCACGACAAGAAGUUCGUGCGGCAACGUCCGGCCGAGCAACAUCCUGCUCGACGUCGACAUGGAGCCGCUAUUGGCGGACCUCGGAAUCCACCGGCUCAUCCGCGGCAGGGGCACGCUCAAGCCGGCAGCAGCGGCAGCACCGGGGCGGUUCGGGAGCAAGCGGUCGGCGAAGUGCUUGCCGGACCUGUCGCCGCCGGGCGCGAGGCCGCUGGCGGGGCCGUCCGGGUCCGGCGACGCGGCUGCACAGUACCAGGAGAGGAGCGAGCCAGAGCUGAUGCUGAGCAGCAACAACCACACCCUCGUCUACACCUGCGACAAUGUGCAGUGCAGGUUUCCGCUCAAGCCAGACCCAGAUCCAGACCCUUGCCCAAAUCCGAUGCCUAAUCCUGAUCCGCCACUAGAUCCAGCUGAAGAUCCAGCAGAGGAUCCCGUCCUUGAUCCACCUGACCCAGCGGAGGAACCUGCGCUAGACCCAGCCGACGAACUAGCCCCUCCUACAGAGACCGAGCCAGACCUCGAUCCAGAGGUGGACCCAACCCCAGCCGCCGAGCCAGACCCUGAACCAGACCCAGAAACGGACACGCCGCCGGGUCCCAACCCAACUCCGACCCCAACACCUACCCCAAUCCCAACACCACCACUGCCACCGCCGCCACCACCACCCAACCCAAUACUGAGGUCCUCCCUCCUCGCCACCGGCCGGCCCUCCACGAGUACACCGGAGGACAUGCACAUGAAGGCCACCAUCAACAGCAGCAACAGAGCAGCUGCCAGAUUGCAGGCCUUGCUUCUCGCCAUCCUCACAAGUCACAACCACUACUUGAUGAGCAAAAUCACUGAGGAGAAGCCGCAAAGAACAACGCAAGUGGAAGCUGACGCGAUCAAUAUCCGGCCAUGGGAGUCAACCUUUGCGCCGAACGUACUGACGUCGUGUGGCUCCGGCCAUACUGCCGCCUAG